AUGGUCUAUUUUAACAUCCUCAUCACUGUUCGCGUAGAUGAUUUUUUUUCGUCUUACUUUUUCUUCUCUUUUAAUGUUCAUCUUUCUUUUCUCUCUCUCUUUCUCUCUCUUUCUCUCUCUCUCUUUCGUUCUUUUGUUGCCACAUUCUAUGAUUAUUUUAAAUUUAAAAUAAAAAUCUAUCUAUCUAUCUAUCUUCAUAUCUAUUUAUCUAUUUAUGCAUCUGUCCCAGUCUAUUCAUAUCUAUCUAUCUAUCUAUCUUCAUAUCUAUUUAUGCAUCUGUCCCAGUCUAUUCAUAUCUAUCUAUCUAUCUAUCUAUAUAUCUAUUUAUUUAUGCAUCUGUCCCAGUCUAUUCAUAUCUAUCUAUCUAUCUAUCUAUUUAUCUAUUUAUGCAUCUGUCCCAGUCUAUUCAUAUCUAUCUAUCUAUCUAUCUUCAUAUCUAUUUAUCUAUUUAUGCAUCUGUCCCAGUCUAUUCAUAUCUAUCUAUCUAUCUAUCUUCAUAUCUAUUUAUCUAUUUAUGCAUCUGUCCCAGUCUAUUCAUAUCUAUCUAUCUAUCUAUCUAUCUUCAUAUCUAUUUAUCUAUUUAUGCAUCUGUCCCAGUCUAUUCAUAUCUAUCUAUCUAUCUAUCUAUCUUCAUAUCUAUUUAUCUAUUUAUGCAUCUGUCCCUAUUCUAUCUAUCUAUCUAUCUAUCUAUCUAUCUAUCUUCAUAUCUAUUUAUCUAUUUAUGCAUCUGUCCCAGUCUAUUCAUAUCUAUCUAUCUAUCUAUCUUCAUCUAUCUAUUUAUCUAUUUAUGCAUCUGUCCCAGUCUAUUCAUAUCUAUCUAUCUAUCUAUCUAAGUCUAAGUCUAUCUAUCAUAUCUAUCUAUCUAUCUAUCUAUCUAUCUAUCUAUCUAUCUAUCUAAGUCACAUAUCUAUCUAUCUAUCUAUUUAUCCAUCUUUCUAA